GUGAAAUGACCAAACUGCACGUGUUUGGCAAAUGGCACGACAUCCCAAGGAAGCAGGUGACCUACGGAGACCCCGGGUUGACGUACACUUACUCAGGUGUUACCUUCUCUCCAAAACCUUGGAUCCCAGUUCUCAACCGUAUCAGAGACCGUGUGGCUCUGCACACAGGACACACCUUUAAUUUCGUUCUCAUUAACAGGUACAAAGACGGCGAGGACCACAUCGGGGAGCAUCGGGACGACGAGCGGGAGCUGGUGCCACGCAGCCCCAUCGCCUCCGUGUCCUUUGGGGCUUGCAGGGACUUUGUUUUCAGGCACUGUGAUGCCAGAGGGAAGAAGGCCACGAGGCACAUCAAGCCCAUCCAGCUGCAGCUGGCCCACGGCAGCCUGCUGCUGAUGAAGUACCCCACCAACGUGUACUGGUACCACAGCCUGCCCGUCCGCAGGAGGGUCCUCGCCCCGAGAGUCAACCUCACCUUUCGGAAGGUGAUCCCUGUAGCCAAGGAGUGA